UGAACCCACCAUUUUCACUGCCACGAUCGAGACUUGCCCUAUGCCCAGGGUAUGAUGAUGGUGCCGUAAUUUUUUUGGGACCUUCACAGGAUGCGUCUCAUCGGUCCCUUGAGGCUACAGUGAAUUCAGAGACUUUUGGGCGCAAACCAGUACCCUCGUUGCCCAUAACCCCAUAAAAAGGCAGCGGGAUGCGCAGCAACGUCUGCUGUCUGUCCCCGUCCUGUUCAAUUAAUACAGAUGCCUGCACGCAUAAUAUCCAGGGAAGAGUACCUGCUACUCGCCAAGGUCGCAGAGGAGGCGGAGCGUUAUGAAGACCUCGUAGCGCAGAUCAAAGGCUUGACGCAGACGUACGGAGCAUUGACCAUCGAGGAGAGGAACCUCCUCUCCGUCGCGUACAAAAACAUCACAAAUUCACUUCGUAGCAGUUGGAGAGUGGUCGAUUCCAUGGAAAAGCUCGAGUCAUCUAGACCCUCUGCACAGUCAAAGCACCAGGUCUCCUUGAUCCGUCGCCAGCGUGUUCGCAUUGAGAAGGAACUUACAGAUGCCUGCAAAGACAUCGUAAAAUUGCUGAACGAUAGUCUUUUGGCCACAGCCAAAGCUGGGGAAGAGACUGUGUUCUAUUAUAAGCUGAAGGGUGAUUACUAUCGAUACCUCGCCGAAUUCGUGCAGCAACAAGAACGCAGUCGGUACUCGGAUUUGUCACUUGCUGCAUACAAAUUCGCGUACAAACAUGCACUUGCCAUGCUGGAGCCGACACAUCCAACAAGAUUGGGGUUGGCUCUGAAUUUUGCCGUUUACUACCACGACGUGCGGAAGAGUCCAGAGAGAGCAUGUCACCUCGGCAAACAUGCAUUUGACGAAGCGGUCGCAUGUCUAGAUGAUUCGUCAUCGAUGCAAGUCAUGCGUGAUUCGAUGAUGAUCCUUCAGCUCCUGAGAGACGAUCUUGUAAUAUGGUCCAGUGAGAUGCAAAGAGAUGGCGUUAGCAAGUGACCCUACGCUGUAAUUGUUCUUUUCCUUUUCUAUAGUGUCUAGUCUAGUCUCCCGUCAUGGAACCCUAUUU